AUGGUGGGCGUUGCGGGAAAGUCAAAGGGUUGCAAUACUUGCAAGAAACGCAAGGUUAGGUGCGAUGGCGAGAAACCGACUUGCGUACGCUGUUGGCAAGCAAAUCGUGUAUGCGAAGGAUAUCAACGCCCGCGCCAGUUCAAGAAUCUGAGUGCUCUGGACCAUAACACCUUGUUGGCACGGACUCAGCCUUUGACCUCACUCACAGAACUCUCAUUCAAGGUCUACGGAAAUUCCAGUUCGAUUGCUGAGGAAAAUGACCCUAUUUCUAGGGGCAUUCUCAACAAGGGCAACAGGCUGAUGGCGAGAGAUCCGAAGCUUCGAGAGCCAGGAAAUGCAGCCAACCUCACGGACCUGUUCCUCAAUUUUCUGAGCAAUUAUAUCCCUGAAGAACAGGCCGGCUCGCGAUCCGUACACCACAACAAGACGCCUGUAUCUUGGCUACAAGCCAUCGUCCCGUUACAACGCAGUCACACUUCUCUGGGCCUCGCAAUGUCAGCCUUGAGCAUGGUUGGUCUGGGUCGAAAAUGCGGCGACGGGCACCUGCGAAGUCAAGGGUUGGCGCAUUACGGCAGAGCCUUGUCCGACCUCCAGAACGCCCUGUCCAGCGAGACCCUGGUCUUCGAGGAGCAGACACUGGCAAGCUGCAUGACUCUUUCCAUCUUUGAGGUAUUAGAGGUAUCAGGAGGGAACACUCUUGGGUGGGCAAGCCAUGUCGAAGGCAUUUCGAGGUUGUUCCAGCUUCGAGGUCCAGACUUGCACGUGUCCGGACCGAGUCACCAUCUGUUCUUGGGCUUCAGACCGACUGGCAUCAUCCACGCAUUGGCGCUACGCAACCCGACGUACCUGGCCACCCAAGCCUGGCUCAAGAUCCCGUGGACAGAGCAACCAAAAUCCGAUUUCCACCAUCUGCUAGACAUCAUGGCCCAAAUUCCCGCCCUGCUUGACCAAACCGAAAGAUUCGACAAGUUCUCCAACUCGGAAAUCUCGCUUGCAGAGAGACUGCAGCUUCUGAAGCAAGCCACGAUCUUGCAUUUGCACCUCGAGGACUGGCAUCAAGGACUUCGAAGCGCUCCGAACCACUCGGAGCCGCUCUAUUCCCAACGCACAUCUUCGCAACCUUGGGCUGGCAGCAGCCCUGCUCGCAGCCUUCAACCCGUGUUUGCGACGUUUCUGCACUUUCGGACCUUUGAAAUGGCACGCAUGCUCCUCUUCUACUGGACAGGUCUCCUCCUACUCUACAACAACAUCCUGACAAUCUCCUCGUCAGCGCUGAAUGAUGGCCAUCGUUCAACUUCAACCUUCGCCUCCUCCCCGCCGCUCCUUGAAGCAGUCUUCGUCCGUCGACGAGCUCUCGAAACAGCAACACUGAUCGCCCAAUCAAUGGAUUAUCUCCUCUCCGAUGAACGGCGCAUUCUUGGCCCUCAGAAUGUGUUUUUCCCCUUACGCACCGCGAUGCACGUCUUUUCCGGCGCAAACGAAUACAAACUAGAGCGCUGGUGUAGGUCGGUGUUUGAGGAGCUCGAUCGGCGAGGCUAUCCCUUCGGCAAGAUUCUGAGCACCUGGCGAUGGGAUGACAUACCGUUGUUCUUGUCCGAGACCUUGGUAACUGUUCGGGGGAAGGGAGACCUUGGUCUGGGCAUCAGUGGCUGA